AUGGCUCAUUCGAUAGUGAGAUUGUUAUUCCUGUCUGACAUAUUUUGUUUAAUUUGUUUGAGUGAAAGCUAUGACGCGAGUGCAAACGCCGUCAACGCAGGACAGAGUCUUUCAGCGAUCACGAAUGUAUUUGUACGUGAGAUACCAACGGUAUUGACCAACCUGUCUAGUAGAAACUGCAGUGGGGUUAGCGCGUGUGAAGCUAGUGCUGUGUGUCUUAACGAUACGAUCUCGUCAGUUCGAGAUUAUGAAGCUGGCAAGGUUUAUGCAAGGCAAAUGUUUUACUCUUUUGGAGAGAUUUCCCCUGAAGCUGAGUUCACACUAAACUAUAAAUUUCUUGGCAACUUUGAUCUUUGUCGUGAUGCAGAUCCGAAAAAAGAUGGAGGAUUAUUUUCAUCAAAAUAUUGUCUAAUGACAAUGCAAUCUACAUCAAGGGGGCGAAUGGAAGUAGGUGUAUGCUUUCCGAAUUCCUGCACAGAUGGUGACAUAGCUUUCAUAAUAUUUCAAGCUACAGCAAUUGCUAACGUAACUAGCGAUGGCGUCGCCGCUGAGGUCAGCUGUGCAAGAGAAUAUCCAUAUUACUAUGGUGCUGUUAUUGCUCUAUUUCUCUGCAUCAUCCUUGGAAUAGUACUGCUCUUGGCUACGUCAUAUGAUGUAUGGCUGAAAAGGUACCACGUGACUUCUGCAACGUCGCGUGUUAAGACACAUGACGGCCAAACUAACACAGGCGCAAAUCAGACAAACGAUCUGAACAGUCGUUGUGACAAUCCCAACUAUAUCUUGGAUGUAGUUCUAAACAGAUUAUCCGCACAGAUAUAUCUCAAUGGUUAUCUAGCUGUUGAUACGUUCUUCGUUAUUGGAGGCAUGUUAGUAACAUAUAUAACCCUGAAACAUUUAGACAGAAAUGACGGCAAACUAAAUUGGCUGCUGUUCCUGUUUCAUCGUGUAUGGAGAUUGACGCCAGUCUAUAUGUUUGUAUUAAUGUUAUGGUCAACACUGGUCAUACAUACGGGUAUUGGUCCUAGAUGGCAUCAACUGGAGUAUGGUAUUACAGCGUGUCAGCAAUACUGGUGGACGAAUUUGCUUUAUAUCAACAAUUUCCUCCACUAUCUAAGUCAGUGCAUGCCGUGGACAUGGUACUUAGCCUUAGACAUGCAGUUCCAUAUUGUUGCACCACUAUUUCUGAUAACGCUACAUAAACGUUGGAAGUGGGGAAUCGGUAUCCUAGCUAGUUUCUGUUUGAUUUCCAUUAUCACUACUGCUACAAUAAGUUCUAUUAUUGGACACAGUGCAGAUCUCAUGACCACACCUUACAAUAACAAAGUAAUAUACAAUCCAAUUGGUGGAUGGCUCUACGACAAACCGUAUUAUCGCAUACAAGCUUAUGUUGUUGGAAUUGUGCUGGGAUUUAUCCUCUAUAAAACCAAGAAUAAAAACAUUGAAAUAAAUAAGUAUGUUAACGUAGUACUUUGGAUGGCGUCAGUAGCCGCAGGUCUAAUCAUAGUACUGGGUCUCUAUUCUACAACACAGGGCCAUCUAUUGCCACAAGCAGUGGCAGUGUUAUACGUUACAUUUAGUAAACUCGUUUACGGCUCAGCAGUGGCGUGGGUCAUAUUUGCCUGUCAUAAGGGAUAUGGAGGUCCGAUUAACCAAGUGUUGUCAUGGAAACUGUGGAUACCAUUAUCUCGUCUCACUUACUGUGUCUAUUUAAUCCAUCCUGUUAUGAUAUCAACGCAUAACGCUAAACGAGAAGUAUUGAUGCAUUACACAGACGAAGAGAUGAUAUAUUUCUAUAUUGGCGUUGUGUCAUUAUCCUAUAUGGCGGCCAUUGCCUUAUCGCUUUGUAUUGAGUUACCGUUGGCUGAAGUUGAAAAAACAAUACUCAAGAAGUUCACAAAGAAACCAAAGACAUCUCAAAAGAAGCCAGAAGUAUUUUAUCUUUAA